AUGACUCCACCGUUAUCCGGAAUCGAGGGGCAAAACCAGUUUAAUGCGCCUCUAAUGGCUUCGUCAUCGUCUGCCGACUGCAUUACCCAAAAUACCAUCGGCCUCAAAGAGCGCAACUACCUGGGACUGUCCGACUGCUCGUCUGUCGACAGCUCGACUGUCUCGUGCUCGCCCGUCGAAGGCAAGGCCAAUCUGAACCUUAAGGCCACGGAACUGAGGCUCGGCCUUCCUGGUUCUCAGUCCCCCAAACGAGACUCGGAUUUUUCCCCUCUAAGCUCAGUGCACAAACUCGAUGAGAAGCAGUUGUUCCCCUUGGCCCCGAACCCGAAGACAGUCGUUGUGUCUGGAAAUAAGAGGGGAUUUUCUGAUACUGUAAAUGGGUUCCCGGACAAGAGUGCCAUGUUUUCCGAGCCCAACUGGAUGUUCAAUGCUGACUCAGGACUACCUAAGACAACCGUACAGAAAGAAGCACCAGAGAAGGAUGCACAAGAAUUCAGCAACAAGAUGAAUGCUUCUAACACCAAUAAUGCACCCGCUGCUAAGGCGCAGGUUGUGGGGUGGCCUCCAAUUAGAUCUUUCCGAAAGAACACUCUUGCAACAACCUCAAAAAUCAAUGACGAGGUUGACGGGAAACCUGGGCCGGGUGCGCUUUAUGUGAAGGUGAGUAUGGAUGGUGCACCAUAUCUGAGGAAGGUUGACUUGAGAUCGUAUGCCACAUACCAGGAGCUCUCGUCGGCUCUCGAGAAAAUGUUCAGCUGUUUCACCAUAGGGCAAUGCGGGGCCCAGGGGGCUCCGAACAGGGAGACGAUGAGUGAGAGCAGGCUGAGGGAUCUGCUCCAUGGGUCGGAGUAUGUGCUUGCGUAUGAGGAUAAGGAUGGAGACUGGAUGCUCGUUGGAGAUGUUCCUUGGGAGAUGUUUAUUUCUUCAUGCAAGAGGCUCAAAAUUAUGAAAGGAUCCGAUGCUAUUGGACUAGCUCCUAGGGCCGUGGAGAAAUCCAAGAACUGCAACUAG